AUGGUAGCGCGAUGGCAACCGAAAGGUAGGCUAUGUCUUGUGACCGUGCCUAUCGUCGGCUCGAGUAAACAUGGCUUUUAUUUUUCCCAUUGGACAGUUUCCGUCGACGACCCCUACCUCCAGAUCCCCACUUUUGAGCUCGCCGUGAUUGUGCUCCUAGGCCGCGGCACAUACGCCUGUAAACACACCGUUCAGGGGCCCACUUUAUGUCCCUCCAAAUCCCAUUUGUCGGCUACCCUCAGCCCGACCAUCUUCUGCUAA